UAUUUAUGGUGACAACCCUACUCUCAAAAUCUGGCGCAAAGCAACAUACAAAGUGAAGCGUCUUAGUUAAAUUAUUUAAAUGCGAGUUCUGAUUACGGAAAAAUGUCUGGAGAUAUUGCAGUCCAGCUGAAAGGAAGCCGCGUCGACGUGGAAUCAGCUUGUAAAACGAUCGGAGCCAAAUUCAAGGAGAUCGCCAGCGGAGUCCGUGGAAAUGCAGAUGCAUCCUAUGCCUUGAGAUACGAUUUGAGUGUUCUGCGCCAUAUUUGCUACGCUGUUAAGAAUCUUCAAAAUGCAGAUAUUUUUUGUGAUAUUAUGGCUAUUAUGCUGCCACACGUGGAGCCUUUUCAAGAGAAGCCCCAAUUGUGGGAGGGCCAUCUGACGAGCCUGCGGUACAUUCAUCAUGGUUUGUGCCAAGAGAAAUCCAUAGCCGCUUGUCAGAAGCUGUAUAAUCUCAUACGGUCGCAAUCGUGCCGCUUACAAAAUGAUUCUGACUAUAAAAUAUAUCUGGACAUACACUUGACCCACUUUAAUGUCAUACACAUGCAACUUCAGAAACAAACGCUGCCCCUGGAAGCCACUCACCAUCUGUGUUUUGCUCUAGAGGCUCUGGGGGAUCUAUUCAGCGCCAUGCGACGAAAGAACUUGACUAAAAAUGGUCCGCUUCUGGUGCAACUGAAUGAGGCUAUGUUUGGGAAAAGAAGUAGGACUUUUUUCAAAUCCCUAAGUUAUCUGCCAAGCGAGAGUCUAACCAAGAUGUUUGAGCCACUAAUAAAACUUCUGGCCAGCAGUUCCUUCACCGAUUUAAACAGUCAGUUUGCGGAGUACCUGAGCUUCGUAUUGGCUCUUUUUCAAAUUGAUAUGUUAAAUCCUCAGCUCAAUAUGCACAUGGCCCUGCAAGCGCUUCGCAUGUGCAAGGAAGUCUUUCGAGAGAAUGCCAAUGCCACCUAUGCUCUUCAGCUAAUAUAUUACUUUUUGAAGGUCAUCUACGCCCGUGAAGCUUCUCAGGAUUUCAAGCGCACCUACGUUGAUAUCUGCCGCAAGUUCCAGACCUUUUUUGAACAAAAAGGAGCCGCUUGCUCCAAGGAACAAUGGCUGACAGAUUUUGUCAUUACCUUACAGCGUUUGCAAACGCUUAUCCAUCAGAGUGUCAGCAAAUCGGCGUCGCCUUUCCAGCGAUUUUGGCAGCAAAUGGAGACUGAAGGCGGUACUGAGGCAUAUGCAGCCCACUUUCAGAUGCUGCACAGUAGUGCGGCUAUUUCGGUUAAUGUGACAAGGAGUCCACUGGGCAGCAAUUGUUCCAACGAAGCUUGCAAAAGCCAAAGGAGGCACUGUAUCAUGAGCUUUGGAAUGUGCGCCUUGGAUGCCUACAUCAACUGGCAGCCAACGGCCGAGCAGAAAACCGACAGAACGCCUCACAAGCCCUUGUUGGGCAUAAUCACCUACACCAUGGAUGUAGCCAAGAGCUUGAAAUGUCUAGGCCCUACUAGUGUGGAAGUGAUUAAGCUAGUUCGCCAGCUGACUCACGUUGCUGAUAAGGUGUCCUGCGCUGAGCAAAUGGCCCUGCUGCUACCCCUCCUAGAGCCGCUACAACAGCUACGUCCCCUAAUUGCCGAUCAGGAGCUGAGUAGUUUGUUGAGAAGGCUUUUUAAGGCCAGUGGCCAUUGUAAGGACCCACAGAUGGCGUCUCGCUUGCAGGCCUGUUAUAUAGCCUCCCUUAAGAACCCGGUUCGGCUGCGUUCGCAAAUUAGUUUGCAUUAUCACAGCCAAGCGAAGGAAGGAAAAGAGAUUCAGAAAUGCGUCUACGAGUGGCACGAAAGUUGUCCACUGCCCAAUCCCCUCACCACAGCCCAGAAACGACAGCUUUACGACACUGACUUGUUUGCUGUCCUGCACAACUUGAGGAAUCCUUCUUCAUCUCACCUGCGAUCGCUCCUCCGCUGCAGAACAAAUGAUUACCAACUGGUCCUCCUGGCCAGGCAAAUGCGCAACAAUGGCUCCAUUCUAAAGGAAUUGCAAGAAGUGACUGCCAGACUGAAGCAUAAAAGUGCCCUUACACGAAUGGAUCAGCUAUCUAUGGGUCAUGCUAAUGUGGGAUUACUCAUAGAAGCACUGGAGGCUCAAAAGACCAAGAUUUCGUCCAAGGACAUACAAGAGAACACGAUGGAAGAAGUACUUCUACGCCAGAACCUGUCGACCAUAAAUAUCGAGCGGGAGCAGCGCUUAGUUAAGUUAGCUUCAGACUCCAUUGCAGCGUUUGAAGGAUUCUUUUCGCGAGCCGACCAGGAACCGUUGGGCGAAGAGGACACAUCCAUAGACUGGGAAGCUUUGGUGGAUGAUGCCGUAGCGGCAGCCAUGGCGCUAUCGAGCAUGGGUUACCAACAACAAGCGGAAGAUGCGUGGCUUCUCCUUCUGAGGAUAGGGUCCUUGCUGGAGGAUAGGUUAUCCUACCUAAGAGCACUGACCUACUUCCUGGCACAAAAUAAAGUGAGCCCCACGCUAAAACUGGACCUCGCUGAGGAAGUUGCACGUGCGGAGGAUAUGCUUGACGAUCUGUGGCCACAGCUGCAGAGUGGAAGGUUUUUCAAGCGCCAGCACACCACAGUGAUGCUCUGCCUCUGCCAUUUGGCUAGUUACUAUGACAGGAAAGACUGCCAGAGCACGGCGCAGUUGCUCCUGCUUCAAGUGGAACAGUUGCGGGAGGAGUUCCCGGAAAGGACUGGAAAAAGCGACAUUGUUUUAAUCACCUUACAGACGGUGCGCUUCAGGCUCUCCUAUCAUCAGCGGAAGCCCAGGAACCCAAGGAUACCGACACCAUUGCGACAGUUGGACACUCUCCUUGAUAAUGUUCGGAACUUUUUCACGUUGUCCAGUGUGGAUGCGGGCUCCCUGCAACUGGUACUCUCCGCGCUUGUCAAAGAAAGCACCGAGUGUGCAGCCAACCGGCUCAGCGAGCGUCUAGCCUUCUCCAACUUUGCACUGCAGAUGUUCCUCCAGUCGGGCUUUGCCCUGCGCUCCAUCGAAGUAUUCAUAUCUUGGCUGUGGACGAAUUUGCAGAUGGAGUACCUCGAAAAGGCAGAGUCCAAGCUGCGACUGGUCGAGCACUGUUUGAACAUAAAGCCAUUGGCUCGGAAGCAAGCACCGACGGAAAGUGCCAAGGUAGAGGCAUCGGUGGUGUCACUUGAAAGCAACAUGAUGCUCAUGCAGCUGGUGGAGCCAAUUAGGAAGCAACAGCAGGUGGACAUGAGCUCGCCCAAAGGCCUCAACCUGCGGCCCAACAGUCCCAGUUUUCACAUGAAUUUGGAGCGCUACCUAAACUUCAAGGAGGCACCGUCGGUUCUCCGCCAGAGCUCCCAGCUGCAGUGCCUCUACUUUGUUCUGGGCUGCCUCCAUGCGCGACUCUGCUUUUUGCAGAGGAAUGACGAUCAGUUGGAGGAGUUUUAUGCCGAGGCCGAUAGCUUUUUGGCUAAGAACAAAGAACUAAAGACUUUCCUGGGUUCGAUGUUGCAGGUGCACCAAGUCUAUAAGGUCAACUACAUGCGCUAUAAAAAGAAGCACCAGGAGUCCUUGUCUGUUUGCCAAAAGGGCCUGGAGGUGCGACAGUCCGCGAUGGAUAUCAACUACAGCUACAACUUCUUGGCCCAGCUGAAAGCGGCGCAAGUGGAGCUGAAGCCCUUGAAGCCACAGUGUCAAAAGUCGCGAAGAGCUUUGGUCUUCAAUCUUUCACCCGAACUGAAAGUACGGCCAGUGCUGGCAGGAGGAGCAACCAAUUCAGCUGUGAAAGUGAAGCCAUCCGCCAAGAAGGCGCCAAAGUUUAGGAUAUUUACAGAGCUGGAGCUGCGACCUCCCUGUGCCGGCAGUACAAGUAGCUCUGGCAGCGGCAAUGAGAACACACCGCCCUCGGAUCACGUAGACUUGAAUGCCUGCCAGGCCAUCGAGAUAAGUGAUGACGACGACUCGCCCACCACACGGCCCCUUAAGCCAUCGCAAUCUCAGGCCAAGGUGAGGGAAAAAACCAAGACCAAAGCCAAGACGAAAGUCGGCGAAGUCAUUCAACUCGAUGACAGCUUCGAUGGUAAGGGGCAGACCCAGUCAAAGGUCACGGCUGUGAGGAGCACCAGGGCGAGGAUUCGGCAACCGGAGAAAACACCAAAGGCAGAGGUUCUUUCGUCGAGGAGGCCCAGACGAAAGGUGGUCGAGCAACCCGUAGAAGCUGAGUGUGUUAGCACACGGAGACGCCACAGAAACUGAUUAGUUUUAGUUUAUUUUUUAAUUGGUUUUUAACUUUUAUUUAAAUGCGUUUAUUUCUCACUCAAAUAUAAUCCAUUUAUGUGUUGAA